AUGAUGGUGGAAGGUCGCGGAGGGGUUGUCGACAGCAUGCAGCGCUUUUCAAGCUUGCCCGUCUACCUGCCAGUCAGUUACCAGAUCUCCAGUGCGGAGGUCUCUUUCUUCCUGAAAGAAACCAACCAGGAUAUCAUGAGGAACGCCAGCCUGCAGUCCAGAACGGAGUCUUUCUUUCUCUAUCAAGCCAGCCAAUUGCCCGUUUUGAACGCUACUUACGGCCCGUUUACCAUCGAGCAAACGGUGCCCCCAAACCUCCUCCUGACACCUGCGGCAUUCCGUUCCGCCGACCAGUUGACUUUCAACUGGAAAUUGCAGUCGCGCAUCCUCGACCGCUCCGUCUUCUCCAACAGGCCCAAAGUCCAGGCUUUGUUUUACAUUGCCGGCAAAGACUGGGAAGAUGACAGUCCUGCAGAGGCCUUGCCUUGUGUGCAGAUGAUGGCCUUCCAGGAGGAGAGAGUUGCCGCUGGCAGCUGUCGGUUGAAAGGUCACCUGGGGUUAUGUGUGGCAGGACUGGAAUUUUCGCCAAGCUGGUUCGACGCGGUGUCUCCGUCGUCGCUGUCCCCGUUGGACCUGGAGUAUCAACCGAUGGCGGACUCCUCAGAAGGGAACGCUGUGGAACUUUUCUAUAGGGUGUAUGAGGCCGAUGGGGAAUGUGCUCCGGAAGACCAGCCGUCGCAACAGUUUCUUCACUCAGAAGACCCAGAAGAGGCCCCGGCACCUCCGGCUUCAAUGGGGAGAAUGGGCAGCGUGGUUCUGUACCCAACGCGAGACAAGCUGAAGAAGUCGUUGCUGAGCCUCGACGAUAACCUUGUGCUCUCGGUACCACUCAGACCGGUCAAGGAAGGCGACCUUGUCACAUUUCACGUGUCCCUCGCCACCGGCUCUCGAGUAGAUCAGUUUACAUUAAGAAUUAAGGCUGCCGCUGGUGUGAAGAUAAUAGACAUUCGAGUCAAUGAUCCGGACCAGUGGGGAGUGCAACAAGACGUAGACAAUGGAAGAACACAGACCACCGCCACCAUUGUGUGUGAACACAUCGAUCCAAACGUGGAGAGCGGGACAAAUGUCUCCUCUUAUGAGAUCUUCCAGCUGGACUUUGAAAUUGACAACAGCAGCAGCUUGACGGGUGCCCAGCAAAUCUCCUGGCAGGUGGAAUACCCUCAAGAUGAAGCCGUGAGCGAGCUCCUCGUCUCCGAGAUCUUUGUCAGCCAAACAACUUUUGCUGGGAUCGUUCCACUUGCAAUGGACACAGAGAUCCUCAACACAGCCAUUCUGACCGGGAAGACUGUGUCCCUUCCCGUUAAAGUGGUCGCUGUGGAAGAGGAUGGGUCAGUGAUUGAUGUGUCAGAGUCCGUGGAGUGCAGAUCAGCUGAUGAAGACGUCCUAAAGGUUUCCGACAACUGCAACGCCAUCUUUGUCAACGGGAAGGAAAUGAAAAGCAAAGUCGGCACCGUUGUGAACUUCACGUACCAGCAUUUGACCACCCAGCUGGAAGUCACCGUCUGGGCUCCGCGGCUGCCUCUGCAAAUAGAGAUCUCGGAUACUGAACUGAGCCAGAUCAAGGGCUGGCGGAUACCCGUCACUACCAACAAAAGGCCUACACGUGACAGCGAUGAGGAAGAGGACGAUGAGAAAAAAGGCCGAGGUUGUACUCUCCAGUAUCAGCAUGCUGUAGUGCGAGUCCUCACUCAGUUUGUCGCAGAGUCAUCGGAUUUGGGAGGUCAGCUGACCUACAUGCUUGACUCGGAGUGGCAGUUCGACAUCACGGAUCUCGUGGCCGACUUCAUGAAAGUGGAAGAACCCAAAGUGGCCAAGUUACAAGGAGGCCGAGUGCUGUUGGGACGUGAGCCAGGAAUCACCACCGUUCAGGUUCUGUCACCCCUCUCUGAUUCAAUUUUGGCGGAGAAGACAGUGAUUGUGCUAGAAGAUCGAGUGACCAUCACGGACCUUGGGGUACAACUCGUGGCGGGCUUGUCACUCUCGUUCCAGACGAGUAAAGGGAACAAGAGGGUAAUCAUUUCUACAACGUCUGCAUCUGAUAUUCUUCAUUCACCAAAACAGGAAGCUGUGGUCAGUGCUUGGAUUUUAUUCAGUGAUGGCUCCGUGACGCCGCUGGACAUCUACGAUACGACUGAUUUUUCUUUCACCGUUACAUCACUGGACGAAAUGGUAAUAUCGGUCCAUCAAAACGAGGAGGAGGACCGGCCAGCGGUGGUGGCAGAAGGUGACGGACAGGGGCCUCUCAUUAAGAUAGAAAUGGUGAUCAGUGAGCCCUGCCAGAAGUCCAAGAGGAAGAGCAGCUUGGCGGUUGGCAAAGGAAACGUCAAGGUGAAGUUUGGCCAGAGGGACUCGGACCACAAAAGUGACGCCAACGGUGUUGGAGACGUGGACGCCGACUUUAAAAACCAUGGGAGCAAUUCGGUGGAGAAGUCAAUGGAGCAAGAGAGGACUGGGCAAGAUUGGCCCAAAUAUGGAGCUUCCGUUGAUCAUGAAGAGGCUACCAACCAAAGCACAACUUCCAAGCCUCCCAAUGAUCACUAUCAUGGGGAAGACCAGCUCCAAAACAGCCCAACUUCCCUAACAAGCUUCCCCACACAAAUAGACGUUCCUGGGCAGAAUGACCCCAGCGACCUCACUUUGGCUUCCAGGGGCUUAACAGAUCUUGAGAUCGGCAUGUAUGCCCUUCUCUGUGUCUUCUGCUUGGCCAUUUUGGUCUUCUUAAUCAACUGUGUGGCAUUUGCGUGGAAAUACAGGCACAAAAGGUUUGCUGUGAGCGAGCAAGGCAACAUCCCACAUUCCCAUGACUGGGUAUGGCUCGGAAACGAGGUCGAGCUCCUAGAGAACCCAGUGGACAUCUCGCUGCCUUCGGAGGAAUGCACCACCAUGAUCGACCGAGGGAUGCAGUUUGAGGAGAGCAAUUUCCUCCUCAACGGGAGCUCUCAGAAGAACCUCCACAACCAAAUCCUUCGGUCUGCCGAAUACGGUUAUGAGAAAGAUAUCAGAAACGAACCCAUCAACCCGCCCGGCCCCAAACGGAAACGAGUAAAAUUCACAUCCUAUACCACCAUCCUCCCAGAGGAUGGGGGUCCGUACACCAACUCUAUCCUCUUUGACAGUGAUGAUAAUAUUAAAUGGGUAUGCCAAGAUAUGAACCUUGGUGAUUCUAAGGAGCUUAGAGACUAUAUGGAAAGGCUGCAGGACAAUAUGUGAAACAAAAUGAUAUAUAAA